GUUAGUACAAAGGCGCAACUCAUUAGAGCUGCUUCGCGUGUGUUUUGUUGUUUCACCAAGUAAUGUAAAAACGUUUCAUCCGACAUCUAACAAAAUAAUGGAACGUCGUCACAGUUACAGUUUGAGCAAGUCACCUUUAUCUAAGCCCAUGGCUGACUCCACAUGGAUUGGUGGCAUGUCUGCGUCACAGAGAUUAGUGACACAGGAAAUGCAAAAGAAUAUUUUCUUGAAAGAGCCCAGCAACUCCAGCAUUUGUUUAAGCAAUAGCUACACAAAUGGUUCACCGCAGAAAAAAAAUCUGCAUGCAAUAUCAAAAACAUCGUCGAGUGUAUCCAAAAUUACGCGACAACGGCUAAAUCUCAGUCAGCUGGAUCCCAAAACAUUUGCGGACGUAAACAGCAGUGGAUUAGCAUCGCGCAUUGUUGAAUACCAGAGGGACAGCAGCGGUGAUGGCCGUGGUCUGCACCGCAGCAUCUCUUAUAACAAUGUUUAUAGCCCGCUUACGCAGCCACGUCGUAGCAGCAUAGCUUCAUCGCCACUCUCUCAUAAGCCAAGUCUACCAUCGGUGUCCAUGACACGUAUUGCGCCACCUGAGCGAAGUUUUUACUGUGGCAAUACGUUGACCAGUUUGUUGCGCUCGAAUUCUUUAGUGGGCGUGGAGAAAAGAAGCGACCAACAGUUAUUGAGAGAGAAUCGUCCCAUUAUGCAUCCACCUCCACUGCAGCACGAAAGCGAACCGACGCGCAGUGUCCUUGAAGAGCUAAAGGAGAUUUCACGCAAGCGCAUUAAUAGCGGCGAAAUACAACCUAACGAUUACAACAGCAAAAAAAGUUGUAAUCGCAUAACUGACUAUGUGGAUCAUCAUUCACAUCAGCAUCAGUAUCAUCAGCAACAACAGCAGCAGCAGCAUCAGUUAUCCAUGUUGCAGCCACAGUCGAGCUUUAAGCGACAACGUGAAUUGACUGUUACAGUUCCAUUGCGUUCGCAUCAUCCGGCCAUAGCGCUGACACAGCAACAACAACAUCAGGCUUUACACAUGUCUGCACAUAAUUUUCCUGCGAGCAUUUCUCCACAGCAAUCACCAGAGCAGUUGGCCAAGCGUCGUAAUUGCAGCUACAGCAAUGACAUUGCAAGCUCCUUGAGUUCUAGUCAGCUGCAUAGCAAUAAGCGUAAGUUAUACGACAUGCGCUCAGCAAACAACACGUCUACACACAACGACAAUGCCAGAAGACGCAGCAACAGUUGCAGCUCACCAGAGACUUCACCACGACCACAGGGGGCCAAGAUACAGCGAAGUCAGCCGUCUACAACAGACUUACAACUGGAGCAAUUGACUAGGACGCAGAGUACGCCAAUCACUCCUCUACCGGCGACUCCAGCCCAACGUACGGUCUCCGACCCCCUAGUACAUACAAACUACGAGUCGAAACCCAAAUUGACACUGUUUAAUGCACAACAACGACAACCGCAACAGCAGCAGCCGCAGCAGCAACACCAGCAACAAAAAGAACUGCAGCAGCAGCAGGUUGAUUUAGAUAGUCCCGAUGUGGACGCCAACGAAUAUGCGGGUAUACAGUUUGUGAAGCCCAAACAGGAGCACUCAAUUGGCACUAGCAAGAACUCCCAUUUGGAGCGUACACAGAAAACGAAACUGGCUUUAAUGUUGAGUAGCCUGCGGGGUGAAAUCUAUCAAGACGAAACGUCAACUGAUGUACUGGAUGCUACUAAAGUUACAGCAUCUGUUGAACUAACAACAACAAAAAAUACAGCCAUAGCAACAAUUACAAAUGUUACAACGAACACAACAUCGACUAAGCCAACUAUACUUGCGGCGACUACAGAACAAACAGCCCUAACUCAAAGAGUAACAGCUACAACAACAACAGAAACUACAAUAGAACAAACGACAUCAACAUCAACAACAGCAAUAUCUACAAUAACUGCGCCAACAACUAGCUGCAAUAGCACAUCUGUGCUACCAUUAAACGAUGCUACAAAAAAAUUAAACGAAGAUUCAUCAACUGGAAAAGGUGCUCUUCUGGGUUUUACCCUGCCCGCUGCAACAAACAAGCAAAUAACAACGGCACCUGUAACAACGGCACCUGUAACAACGGCACCAUCAACAGCUAUAACAUUUAUGAAUUCGAUGUCGACUGCUACAGCUACAACAGCAUUCGCUGUAUCGCCAGCGUUUGCUUUUAGCAAGCCAGCAGUUUCAACAGAUACAAAACUGAUUACAGCGACAGCAGAACCAACAGCAAAAACGGAUCCAGCGAAAGCAACAUUAACAUUUGGAAAUGUACAAGCUACAGAAACGGGAUUAGGGGCACAAGCAGCAGCAACUACAGUACAAGCAGCACCAGCACCAAACCCCACGUUUAAUUUUGGAAAGUCUGCAGUAGAUGCAGUAACAAGUACUGCACCAAUUGCAAUAUUGACACCUGUGCCAACUACAACAGCAGGCGUUCCAGUGGGUAGCUUAGGCAAAGCUCCAACUCAAACUAUAUCAGCAACAAUUGAACCUGCUCCAGCAACAAUCAAACCCAUUUCAUUUGGCAGCAGCAACACCAACAGCAAUAGUGAAGCAGCAGCAGCAACUGUUGCUACAGGUACUCCUGCACCUCCGGUGAAUAAUAUUUCAUCUCUUGCUACAGGUACUCCUGCACCUCCGGUGAAUAAUAUUUCAUCUCAGCCCAAGGAACCGACGCACAGCUUUGACAUCGCUGCUAAAUCAGUUGCAGCACCUUCACCAGCACCAUUUAGUUUCGGCAAAAGUCCUGCAGCACCAGCAACAUUGCCCCUAUUUAGUAGUGCAGGUGCCACAGGACAGCUCGCGUUUAACUUUGGUGGUGCCGGAGCUGUUGCUGCUAGUGAAACUCCUACUUUUGCAACUACAGCACCACCAGCAGCUGUUCCACCAUCAGAAAAUAGCCCGAAUUUAUUUGCAUUUGGCGGUGCAAGCAAGCCCAUUGCAAAGGCAACGCCUUUCACGCUGCCCAACAAAAGCGGUGGCAACAAUCUGUUUAGCUUUGGCGCUGGUGGCGAUGGACCCAAAAUUGUAGGAACAACAACAGCAGCACCAGCAGGUGCGGUGGUCAACAGCUUCAACUUUAAUGGAACAGCUCCCGUUGCACUCGGAGCAGAAUUAGCUACAAACGCAUUCAAUUUCAAUGCCACGCCCAAGCAGACCCCUUUAUUCGGUAGUGGUAAUACAACGGAAAGCAAAUCAUUUACCUUUGGUGGCACGGAAAAUACGCAACAACAGCAGCAGCAACAACAGCAGCAGCAACAGCAGCAGCAACAGCAGCAGCAACAGCAACAGCAGCAACAGCAGCAACAGCAACAGCAGCAAGAACAGCAGCAACAACAACAGAGAACACCAGCAGUGGGCGGCUUUUCCUUUUCAACGGUGACUCCAAAAAGCGAGGCCACAAACCUAUUUAAAACGCCGUUAGCCGUUGGAACUGGCGGACUGAAAACAGGUUUUAAUUUUUCAGGCAACACAACUUCAGCAACAGCGGCAGCUCCUGCGGGAGCCAUCGCGCCAGGCAACGGCUUUGGUGGUUUUGCGACACCGUCAGCAGCAGCAGCGCCUUCUAACGUUAACAAUCAGAAACUCUUUACAUUUGGCAGCAGUGCGACGGCCAGCAAUGCCACAAAUCCAGGUGGAAGUCUGUUUGGCAGCGCAGUGUCCGCAGUACAGAACCAACAACAGGCUAAGCCUGGCGGCUUCUCCUUCAGCGCUAGCAAUCCCACCAACAGUAACACAACCAAUGCCAAUGUCCCAUUUGCCUUUGGUGGCAUCACAUCGCCGCAGGCCAGCAGUAACAAUGUAGCCAAUAAGCCGUUCUCCUUUGGCACCAACGCCGGUAAUUCAACCCCAUCGAUUGUCUUUGGCAGCCCAGCGCCGCCAACGAAUGGCGCUGCGUUCAGUUUUGGUAGUGGUGCUAAUGCUGCUGCCACGCCGACAACGGCUACUGGCAUGCCUGGCCAGCAGAUGAAUGUAUGUGCGCCGCCCAGCACACCGGAAAACCGCCCCAUUAGACGAGCCACACGCCGUCUGCAAAAGUAGAACUGAAUCCGACCGUCAAUCUAUGCACCGAUUAAAUUUAAGCCUUAAGUAAUGCAACAGUUUCUUUGCAUGAAGUUUAGUUAUAACCUGCAACUAUAAUUAGUCACAAUUAAGUUAUUUGGCCAAUGUUAAAUGAAAAUAAAAAUCACAAAAAAAGUGUGUAAACGAAUAAA